AUGUCGUCCAUUAAUUACGAUAAUAACAAUAAUAAUCAAAUACCGUUACAAGAUCCCAAUGCACCACCACGUCUCAUAAGAAAUAUACGUCGUCGUGGUGGUGUUUUAGGGCGCAACAAUGAUUAUAUAGGGCGCAAUAAUGAUUAUGUAGGGCGCAAUAAUGAUUAUGUAGGGUGCAACAAUAAUUAUUUAGGGCGCAACAACAAUAAUAAAUAUUAUACAGAGGGUAAUCAAUUUUAUUAUCCGAAUAGAGGUAAUCAAUAUUAUCGUCAAAAUCAAGGCAAUAUAUUUAAUUAUCGACGUUAUCCUCCAAAUUAUUAUCGUCGAAAUAUCUUUUAUAAUCGGAAUUAUCGGAUACCACGACAAUAUUUUAUUCCAAAUGAUAUAGGUGGAUAUGGUUUCAUAGGUCAGCGACAACAACAACAAUUAAGACCAAUUCAACCGGUUAGAUCUUCUAGUCGGCGUCGAUUUAGUAAUCGUCCAAGAAGACGAGGUCCACGAACAAUUCGUUUAAAUGAUCUUAUGCCAACUGAAUUACGUGAACCUUCACCAAAUCUUCCACCGGAAUUUAAUAUCGCUACAACAACAACUACGGAUGUUCCAUCAAAUGCACUACCACAGCGUGGAAGAUUUGUUCAAAGAAAUACGACUCAACCUUUCACAGUUACUGAAAAUAAUCGAAAUCAGCAGCAACAACAGCAACAAGGAAAUCAACGACAACGUAAAACUACGUCUUCAUUUGGACGUCGACAACGUCGUAAUAAUCGAUUUGCUGUAUUAGCUGAUGACAAUGAAAAUGAUAAUGUAUCUGAUGUGGAAGUAGAAGUGAAAGAUGAGCAGAUAUCGUUAAAUACUAAUAAGAAACAAAGAAAAGAUAAGAAUAAGAAAAAACUUCGUCGAUAUCUUGAAUCAAAGCGUAUAUUAAAAUGGUUAGAAGAACAUUCAAGAAGUUCAAAAAAUGCUAUAAGUGGUCGUGGUAAUCAAGCUUAUGUAUUACCUUCAACUUUAAUUUAUGAUGAAUGGGUUAGAAAUAAUUAUGAGUUACAUGUUUGGCAAACUUAUUUAAAAAUGGGUACUGAACAAAAACAUUGGGCUAAAGAAAUUGUUCGACGUACAAAAAGACGAGAUAAUGUUAUUAAUACUCGAUUUGUUCAAAAGAAAAUAAAUCGAUUAAUAACUGUUAUUGCUGAAGCAUGUGCUACUAUUUCAGAAUUACAAAUUCAAUUAUCUACGUAUUGGAUGCAAACUAUUUCUGAAACUACAAAUCAAAGAUUAGCUCAAAUAACAGCUAAUUUAGUAGCCAGACAAUUAUCAGUUGAUAGAGCACGUCAAACAACAACUGCAGGAAAUGUAGGUACAGAUACAGAUGAUGAAUUGGAUACUGGAACUACAGGAACUGCAGGAGCUGCUCCAACAACUACAGCAACUACUAAAAAUUAUAUACGUGAAUCAGUUGAACGUAUUGAAAAAUAUAUAUUAGAAUAUAUAUAUUUUUGUACUCAACAUGUUAAAAAGAUGGCUCAAACUCGAAUACAAUUAGCUAAAGCUCAAAUGGAAGAAUAUAAAGCUUUAGAAGAUUUUGAACAAAUAGCCACUCCAACCCAAUGGAAUACUCAUUUCUUGUUGAAA